UUUUAUAGUACCAUUUUGCUGACUCAGCAACCCUAGUAUUGAACUCAGUGUGUACGUGUGUGCCCGGCCAACUCUCCUCUCCUGCACUGCACUGCACUGAUAGUCUCAUUCUAGUUUACAAUGUCUGACAUUCUUCUGUUCAUGGUGUGUAUGAUUGAUGGACUGAUUUUGAUGAUCCUCAGUGUCUAUAUCAUCAUCUUAUUGUCAGACCUGGAGUGCGAUUUCCUAAAUACAAAGCAAGGAUGUAAAAAGUUGAACCAGUGGGUUCUGCCAGAAAUGGUAGCCACGUCUGUGAUUCCAGUGCUGUAUUUGUUGUUGUGGCACUGGUUUCUCUUCCUCCUAGUGGCUCCCUUCGCUGGAUACUUGGCACACAGGUAUGUGACCCUUCGACCUGGUAGCAUGGGAGUGUACGAUCCAACAGAAAUCAGGAAUAGAGGUAUGCUGGCAAGGUUCCAGAAGGAGGCACUUUUCAAAAUAGGAUAUCAUGUGGUCGUAUUUGUUAUAUCACUUUAUGGGUUUUUUAUGGCUCUAAUUUUUUAAAUCCGUUCUACAACUUUUAAAUUAUAAAUAAUAAAUUAUUGAUGUUUGAAACAAA